CGUUAGGGUUAGGGAGGGAGGAUUCGGCUUCCCGGCGGCAGAGGGCGCCUGGCGCUGCCGGCCGGGGCCGCGCGCCCGGGCGCCGGGAGGCGAGGCGGGGAGCGCGAGCGGCGGCCACCGCCACGUCUUCCCGGCAGCGGCAGCGCGGGCGGAGCCUGGAGUGGAUGAGCAGUGGAUCCACUUGGAGCAGCCUUACUCGAAGAAUACCCCCAGGAUCUCUCCUUGCUGUGGGAAUAAUCCAAAUCACCCUUCCUGGAAGUCAGUUUGCUGAAACUACUGAAGCAGCAGUUCUUGGAAGUUGAAGAAAAGGAGAUCCGGCGCCUUGACCUGAGGGGUGUGGCCCUCCCGUCGGAACCGGCUCCAGACGCGCCCUCCUAGCAGCCCAGGAAGAUGCGGCAGCUCAAGGGGAAGCCCAAGAAGGAGACGUCCCGGGACAAGAAGGAGCGGAAGCAGGCCAUGCAGGAGGCGCGGCGGCAGAUCACCACGGUGGUGCUGCCCACGCUGGCCGUGGUGGUGCUGCUCAUCGUGGUGUUCGUGUACGUGGCCACGCGCCCCGCCAGCACCGAGUGAGGGCGCAGACGAGUGGCUUCCGUGCGCAGGGUUUCCUGAGCUCUGAGCAGGGGCCCCCUGUCUUCUCUGGUCUGUGACUUGAUUAAAGUUUCUCCACUUUUCUCGGGAAGGGAAUAGGGAACGUUUUAUCACUGAAUGUGCCAUACACCUUAUGGUCCACUUCAUGUGCCUUUCAGACUUCAAAGCCGUGUGUGUGUGUGUGUGUAUGUGUGUGUGUGUGGUGUGUGGUGUGUGUUUCUCUCCUCUAAUCGAUAUGUCGACAGCUUCACCUGGUGAGAGGAGGAAUCUCUGGGUCACGGAUCAGUUGGGAUCAGCGCUUCUUACCCCAUCCCUGUUGCUUUGAACAUGACUCUUUCCUACACGUGUUCACGAUUUCCGAAGGGACUGUAAUUCUUCUCUGUGCUUCAUGUGAUUUGAAAUAUAUGUCGACUCAAAAGUGAAAUAUUUAUUUUUUGAAUAAAGGAGAUAAUAGCCUUAAA